CAGAUGAGGCAGGUGGUGCUUAUGAAACACCUGAUGAAAAUGUUGUCAAUGAGUUUAUGGAAGACAUUCAAGAAAAGAGAGCUGCUACUGCUGCGUACGAGACAGCAGAUGAACAGGCAGUGGCUGGGUUUGUGAGCAGCUUGAAGAGAAAACACACCUUGAAUGGACUCCAGUGUGGUAAGCACCAUAGCUUACAUUUUCACUGCUGUACUAGUAGUUGUUUAAUUGGGACAGAUCCAUAUAUCACACACUAUUAUUUUGUUUACUGUUUAAAGAACUGUGAAAGUAUCUGUGUCAAAAGUAAGGCUCUAGAAGACACACUUAACUUUCUUAUGUUUCUGAAAAGAUACUUAGGUUUGGAAAUUGAAAUAUUCCUUACAAGUCAGCUACAGCUGUAAGUUUUAAAAUGAUCAGUUUUGCUCACUAGCAGAGAAUUUCACAAUACCAAUACAAUACCAAACAACCAUAGCUUAAGCACAUUCUACAGAAAAGACAUGUUUAGGCUGAGACAAAUGGGGCAUAAUUAACAGAAUUAUUUUUAUUAUGUGACUGUGUCCAUAAUAUUAAAAAAGAGGGCAUGAUCAGUGAAGCAAAUCCUGUGUUCUGAUUAGCUGCUUGAAUCUUCAGUGUUCUCCCCUCAUCAGGCGGUAACUGGUAAAAUUUACCACUUGAAGCAACCCUUCUUACUGCCUGCAACUGUGUGACGAUUUACUGAAAUUAAAAAAAGUAGAUUUUAAAAAAAAGGAAGUUACAUGUACAUUAUUGUAUGAUUUGAUCUGAUUCUCACAAAGAAAAUGAAUAAAUAUAUAUGGCAAAGUACUUAAGUAUACACAGCAUUUCAUUUUAUGGGCCACUCAUUUUGGAAAGAGAACAUUAAAGACAGAGUAAAAUUAUUGCAAUCAAAUGUUUUAAUUAAAUUAAUUGUCUCAAGAGAACAACAGCCGAUUUGCGUAAAAUACACAAUGUAGGUCUUAGGGAAUGACAUUUCAGAGAACUUUGCUCCUAAAUUUCCUAUUGGGGAAGGGCCAUGUCCCUCACUCCACUACUCCCUUCCCCCAGGGAAAGUGCAACUCUGGUGCAUAUUUUUUGCCUUACUGGUCAUGAAUGCAUGGUCCCUUACCUGCUGAGCUAAAAUUUAGGGAGAACACUGGUUUUGCCAUCUCAAGACUGCCCAGUUUGUGCCUUGAGAAAAGAUUUUGUUUUGGUGAUAUAAUAAAUCCUUUAUUAAUAACCAAGCUUGCUCUGUCAAUAUGGAUGAAUGUUUGCCUUGUUCAUUUUUACAUUUGACUUCAUCUUAUCCCAGAAAAGUGUCGUGAAAAAAGAACUUGUCUAUUAUCCAGCCCUCUUGCUUGUUUCAUGCUUUCAGUGGAUACCUAUUGCUCCCAGGUGACAUUUCAUUUUUAUUGCACCAGAUAAUGUACUGAUACAACUGAAAGUAAAAAAAAAUACAAACAAAAUAUAGUUGUUAAAAAUAGGUAAGCAAAUGCAGCUGAAAUAGUUAAGUGCAAACUGGUUUAAGUAACUGUUAAUUUGUGUUUUGUUGUUGAUUCAUUAACAGACCUGAGCACAGAUGAAUCUGACGUUUCUGACAGUGAUCAUGAUUACACAGAACCACCAACUGACGAAAAAGAUGAAGAGGAUGGUGAUGACCACAAUGAUGGUAAUUCACAGUAACAUCCUUCCUAGAAAUUAUCAUUCAAUUAACCCUUUAAGUCCCAAUAUCCAAAUACAAAUUCUCCAAACUGGUCUCCAUACAUUUCCUUAAAGAAUGAGUUAAGAGAAUUUGAUAAAAGAUCAAGGUAUUUUCUCUUUGGUGAUCAUAUUAUUAAUUUUCAUAACCUAAUCUCUUAACAAUGUAUGGAUAGUGUUAGGAGAAUUUUGAUGUUGGUCACCAUUGGGACUUAAAGAGUUAAGGACUAAACAGCGCAUAAACAACACAGCAGUAUCUCUGUUACAUAGUCAACUCUCUGUAAGACAAACAUAGGCAGUCUUAGUAGUGUUUACCUCUUGCACAUGUAGGUCAUAGGAAUAUGUUAUAUGAAACCUGUAUGUGACACAAAUAGUGAGCCUGGGUUACCUGUGAUCGUAGAAGAAAGUUGACUGUAUAUACUGUUUAGUAUUAUCGAAACUGACCUUUACUCCAGAUGAGCACUGAUAAGCCUUUUCAGCCAGGUGAUGCUGUUUGUGUGCCUUAUUAAAACAUUUUUAUUUUUUAUGUUAUUUUUCAGCAUCAUCAGAACAUUCCUUCUCGUCGGAUUCCUCUCACGAUUACUGUGUUCCUCCAGAGAGCAUAUCUCCUCCUGAACCCCCAAACAAUUAUGGGGAUGUUUAUGAUGAGGUGGAUGAUCUUUAUGCAGAGGUGAGCUGUGUGGAAAAUUAUUUUCUUGUAAGUGUAUUGGGUUCCAGUUACAUGGGCAGGUAGAGUUUUUGGGGAAUUUACAGUAAGACAAAAUGUUUCAAAUUCUUGCUAAAUUCACAUGGAUGUGCAUCUAAAACUGAUUUUCAAGCUGUUCUGACAAAGUGGAAUUACAGUGUAAUUACACUGGAAACUAAUUGCACUUUCCACUGGAUAGAGAUCUAUCCAGUUGAUAGCGCUAUCCACCCUUUGAACAACUGAGGCGAGUACUUUAACUUCAUCUUGGUCCAAACGUAAAAAAACUUGUCUUGACAUUGCACAUACAGCUCAAUAACACAUCUGUAAUGUUACCCCUUGCUGUAUUCCCUGUCAUGAUCUGACUACCCUUAAGUUCUACAUUGAACAUCUUUUGAAUUUAAGUAUAAUUUCACCUUCUUUACCACCGUAAAAUGGUUAUUUUAACAGGGUAUUUAAUUUUUUACUCUUUCAUAUUCCAUAGCCUAUCCUCAAGUCAGAUGAAGAGGGAUUUUCUUCAGGUAAAGACAUUUUGUUAACAAUGGUUAUGUAAAAGGUUUUUAAAAAAUGGUUUAAAGGCUUGUUUACUGUCCAAAGUGCACUUAGCUUAUCCAGCUGGUUUACAGGCACUGGACUCAAAUACUUAGAAACAAAUAAUUCAAAUACAACAUAACAGGAUCAAAAACCCCAACUGGCAGGAGGCAGCCACUUGGCUAUUUACAUGUACAAGAGUGGGCGAGGAUUUGAACUCAAAACAACCAAGAGCAACUCCAGCAAUUCGCCAAAGUAGGAUUCGAACCCGAGACCACCGGAUUGCGAGUCCAACGCACUGACCACUCGGCCACGCUGCCUUCUUAUUAAAUGACUUAUUGCUGAGUAAAUUCUAAUUCCAUCCGUCGUCAUGCGAGCGAUAAAACAAAAUCAGAUGACCAUGUAGUGUCAGAGAGUCUCGUUUGUUGACUCACAAGGUUGAUAACACACUAGACUGUAUGACCCAAAACCUUAAAAAAAAAAUUGAGUGAGUGUUGAACAUUAUAAUGUUUGAUUAAAGGGUUAAAACGUAUUCAUUAUUAGAACAUGAUAACCACUAGUACUGUAUGUACUUGCUUUGCGGCAACAUGGGCCAAAUUUAAGGGCUUGUAAAACCAUUUCUUUUACGUCAAAAGAUCUCAUAUUUUGGAUCUGCACGUUGAAUGAUAAAAUUUAUAGCUACAAUGUACACAAAAACGGUUUUCGUACCUUGCACUAUAGGUGCGAUUUGUUUGCAUUUUUUUCAGGUCAGCAAAGGUAAGCAGAAAGUAAGCAAUGAGCGCGACACACACAUGAUUGGCCCACUGGGCAUGUUUCUCUCUCUCUGUGCCUACCUUGAGCUUGCCUUUGCUCACCUGAAAAAUAAAAAAGCUAUACUCUUCUGCAGGCUACAGUUAUCGUUUCAAGGACACUUUAACUGUGAUGUGUUUAUGUUUGUUUGUAGAUGAAGAAAGAGACACUUUUGCAGAAGGUUAGUAUUCUUGGCAAAUUAGUCUUUCCUGGCCUUCCAGGAUUUAAAUUUAUGCAACAUUUAAUUGACUAAGGUGACAUCAUCCAGAGCUCUUUCUAUCUCCAUUUUAUGUUGGAAAAAAAAAACAAGGCCAAAAAGUGUGACUGAAUCUUAUCAUUUGUGUGAUGGAGGAAAUGCAAUGUAUACAGCAAAGAGUGCUUUUUUUCUCCGUUGUACUAUCUAUUCUGACUCAACAUAAAGGUUUCAUUUCAGUUCUUUAAAAACAAGUAAAAACGAGUGAAAAAACCUUUGAGAAGUUCCUUGAAUGAAUACAGCAAAUUUUAAGUGAGAAUAUAAACUGGCCAAGAGUUUUACUUCCGUGAUUGGUUGGUUAUGUACAAGGCAUAGGGGUAAGUGGCGAGUUUUUUAGAAUCUUGUAGUGAUCCAAAAAUUAUACAAUAUUUCAAGUUUCAGAAUAGCAAAUACAUCCAUGAAGUAAAUGAGCAGUGCAGUUUGAGUUGACAUGUCCCUUACAGUCUCUUUUUUUGUACAUGUAGCCAUUGCAUAACCUUUGCUUUUUCUUUCACUUGUUUUAACAGAGCCCUUGUAUCAGGUCUAUACCCGGUGCACACUGCAGCGUCAGCGAAGCAUUAGUCGACAGCGCAUGGGCAGUGACAGCAGUGAUAAGUCACUAACGGAUGAUGAAGCCUUCUUGGAACAGCUAGAAAAAGGAACGCUGAGAAACAUGAGAGUGCUUUGGUGUGAAUUACCUGAGGUUUGUAGAUAAUCAUAUAGAUAUAAUAAUUUUCUCUUAAAAUUGAAAGGAAACCCUCAACUUUAAAAAUCUUGCUCAUCUUUUUAUAACCUUUUUUAGCAAUCAAUUUUAAGUAAUGUUUUAACAGUUUUAUUUUUCCACACUUUGAAAUUUUUAGUGAAAUUUAAAUUCAUUUUUCUCUAAACGUAUCUAAUUUUGUAGGAAGUACACAUAAAUACUUUUUUUGAGUUUAAGUUAGUGCUCUUUCUUAGUAGGAAACCGUUAUCCAUCUAUCUACAUCUUAACAAUCUUUUGCAUAGAGGAUAUGUAAGGGUAUGUUUAAGUAGAAUGAGCGAUUCAAAGGUCUUUCAUGAUAUGCUCCUCUUUCGCAGGUCAAAGAAAGUGGCAUUUUAGACAACAUAAAACGAGAGGAACGCAAAAGACAAGAGGUAAGUAAUAUAAUUGUAUACAUGAAAUCAUUGUCUUGUCUAUGAAUCAAACGUUCAUUUAAAACAAGUUUUCACGGUUUCGUCGUAUAAAAGCGUAACAGUAUAAACUUUGCGAACUGGAGAAAGACUACAAAAUAUUGAAGAUUUUGUAAUUUACUGUCUUGUAGAGCACCUACAUUUUCGUUUUAGAGGUAUUUUUCACUGCACAAAGCACUUCUCAAGUGUUCGUUUACGGUUUCAACAGUGUCUGUUGUCCGUCUUAGAGAUGUGUCCGUCUUAUAGUAAAGAAAACACUCAAAUGGACCUGAGGUCUAACACUUGUGGAAUGCAGCUACUGUUCCAGCAGCUAUAAGUUUACUUAGCCACGCAUGUGCAGUACGUAUACCUACAAGACGAAUGAUGGGACUCCCGAUCAGAGCACUUGAAAUAGAAAAUUUGCUUUACUGUGCCUUUCAAUGACGUGCAACACAUGGUUAACUUCAUAACAUUCUUGCUUCUAUUUUUGAUGACAACAAAUAUCAACCAAAAGAAAUGAUAAGCUAAUCACUUCAGUAUAAAAGGUCAUUUCGGAAUUCAAAACACCUCACUUUCAAAACGAGGCUAAGCGUGAAAAGGAGUUUCAUUUGCAUGAGAAUAAAAAGCCUCGCUUUGAAACAGAGGUUUGCGGCGACUUGUUAAUGGCCUAUUUAAGCAAUGACAAAGGGUCACUAUAGGACACAGGGUCACUAUGUCUUGAGAUAUACGCGUUGGUACUGAAUCGUGGAAGUGAGAACUGUCAUUUGAACUAUAAGGUCGCAUAUUAUUAAGGAGAGUGCUUUAACUGUGUUGAUUGCAGGCAAUGUUUGAGGUGAUUACGUCAGAGGCAACUUAUCUGAGAAGUCUAAAUAUUCUGAUGUCACAGUUCAUCAAAUCAGAAGAGUUGAACGCAGGCUCCUCGCUGUGUGUUUUAGAACGAGGCCAGUCACAUGUGCUGUUUUCUAAUAUAAAUUCCAUCAAGUCUGUCAGUGAGAAGUAAGUUAAUGCAGCCUCUCUGUAAUAACAGUUUUAUUAAACAAGUAAAGGGUUGAUGAUUCUUAGGCAUUUGUUUAACCCUUUAAGCCCUAAUAUCAACAUACCAAUUCUCCACACUGAUCUCCAUACGUUUCUUAAAGAUUCAAUUGAGAGAAUUUGAUAAACGAUCAAAGCAUUUUCUCAAUGGUGAUCACUCUCGAGACUUCCGGAUAGUUCUUGCGUCUACACGAAAACCAUACCAGAUAGAGCUUCUGUUCACACUCAAGAACAGUGAUUUCGGCGCCGUUUCUGUAAGACUAACAGCGAACUUAUAAGUGAAGCGUCACAUAUCGGAUAGGUUCUGUGUCACACUUUGGUACAGUGUUACAAGUUUUCGGACUGUGGGGGAAGUGAAUAUGAAAUUUUAAUUUUAUGAGCUUCACCGGCCGAUUUGGUCACCGGGGUGAUUAAAUGAAGAAUUGCUGCCAUUUUCUUAAUCAGUUUAUUUUCGUUUCGUUGUUUGUUUAUUUUUGUUUGUGUUGUUUUAUUGUUUGUUUGUCGGCUUUGCUAUUUUAAAAGGGCUUGGUUUUUUCUAUGUAUCACGGCCAAGGUAUUUACCUAAACGAAUGUUUCACUUUAUGGUUAGAAUGUUUGUUACUGAUCACUUGUUCGUUACCUUGUAGCUUUCUCCAGGCCUUGCGUGCACGCCAAAAGGAAGCUUUGGUUAUAUCAUCUAUCAGUGACAUUAUUGAACAACACGUAAGUUAACACUUUUUGUAUCGUUUUUGUUAGACUAAAAUACAGUGAAAAUCUGCGACUAAGAACCUUGUUUUGAAGAACCUGUUUAGCCUAAAAUUUGAAACAGGUUCUUAUUUCAGUUCUAAAAAUGUCUAUAAAAAAACUCUGUACACUUGGGAAAAUAAGAAAAGUCAACAUGAAGAUCCUGUUUGGAGACAUAGGUGCCUUAAUUACUCCAACUCCAAUUGCAAUAUUGUAAUGGUAUACAAAUUUUAAUAUACGUAAAGAAUGAACUGAAUUCCACCAAAUAUUCUUGGCUUUAAUGUAUAUUUUUCUUCAGAAAAUAAGAACCUCUUUAAAAACCUAAAUAGCCUAAAUUUGUGCUUAUUACCAUUCAUGUAAGAACCUGUUUAGGCUAACUGGGAAAAUGCAGGUUCCUAGUCGCGGGUUUUUACUGUAUUUGCAAAGAAUGCCAAGUUUUUUGCUCUCCGAGAGAGAGAAAUCAGUUGUAAGAACUCAUGUGCUGUUCUCAGCCAACUGUCUCUCAUCAUGAAUUUGUAUCCCAUAACAGGCUACCCAGUGCUUUGAGGUUUACGUCAAAUACUGUUCCAAUCAGAUCUAUCAGGACAGAGCAUUAAGAAAUCUAAGGUAAGCUGAAAAACAGAUAGCGUUUGUAUUUUUUUUAGUCACUAGGGCCUAACUAGUCUCACCUUGCUAGAAGAGCCUUUCUCUCCCUUGCUCGAUUUUGCCGUACUUGAGUGAGACUGCAUCAGGGUUCAUACAGGUAAUUGGAACCUGGAACUGAGUCAUCGAAUCUAAGAAUUGCAUUUUCCAGGCGUGGAAAAACAUGGAAUGUAAUUGUCGGUCCUUGAAAGUCAUGGAAAAUUGAAGUUUUGAUUGAUAGAUUCGUUACUGCCGAUGACAAAUCAAGAACAAUGUAAGAUAGAGCGAAGUGACUGAACAGCGCAAACGGCACGCAUUUAGGUGGAUACCAGAGUUUGUGUCUGUUGAACUGGUUACAGUCAGAAAUACCCUAAAACACAAAAGCUUUAAGAAUAAGUGACAGUUAAAGCUAAGGUCACGGAAAAGGUCAUGAAAAGUCCUGGAAUUUGAGAAGCUAAAAAGAGUACGAACCCUGCUGCAUGAAUAGAGUAAGAUCUUUGUUGAGCAUGCGCUGCUUGUUGCUAGGAUACAGCUUCAAACCCAGGUCUAAUAUCCGUGCCCUUGGUACAGCGGGCUCAGUCAUGACCACCCGCUUAACAAUAAACGGAUGUUCGCACUCAAAAAACCUGUUUGACGAAAAAACAAGAUUUACUCAUCCAGAAAUUUGGGUUUCGGUGACUUCAAAGAGUUGACGUGAUUCAGGCAGAGCUUUCUUUUCUCCUUCUCACCAAAGAAGGCAAAAAAGAAUCUCAACUCACAGGUGAACCAAUCUAAAAACAACUGGUGCAAACAAGAACAACAAAUAUUAAACAGCUGUUAUUGUAAGAAGCAGUGGCGGAUCCAGACCGUCAGAUGAGGGGGCGGGGGGUGGUCAGUCAUCCAGAUCCUGAGAUAAGGGGGGGGGGGGGGGGUCCCAAAAAAGAUUUUUCAGCCCCUCGGGCCUCAGUUUGGUCUUAAAAUAAGGGGGAGGGCUCGGGCCCCCCGGGCCCCUCCCCUGGAUGCGCCACUGAGAAGUGUGAUCAUUUUUUUAAAGGUAACAACAGCUCUCGUUUUUUCAGUCGAUUAAUUUUUAUCUCUGCCAGGAUAGAGCUGUUAAAAUGCUUGUCAAUUUAAUACAAGGAUUUCACAGUGAAAGAUAGGGAUGUCAGUCACGAUACAUGUUUUGUCUAACAAUUUUUUUUGCACAAGAAAGCUAGUUCUGGUACCGCUCUCACUCGUUAGUGUCUUUCACGAGUGUCUCAAAGCCGGUAUUCGAACACAAAUUUUUUGGGGGCUUUAUUUGAGUGUCAAUGUAUUUAGCACGAAAGUACAAAUUGGGGACAAUUUGUGCAGUUUGGUGUGUUGAAAACUAAACAUGCAUUUUUUUUGUUAUUUUACAGAAAGAGUGUGCGUUUUUCGGAGGCUAUGAAGAGACUACAAAGCAGAAGGGAAGUACAGGGUUUGACACUGCAGUCAUUUCUUGUUCUUCCCAUGCAGAGAAUAACGAGGCUUCCUUUGCUUGUGAAUGUAAGUAUUUUGAAUGUCGAAUUCCAAAUUUCAUCAUCUCUACCAGGCAUUCGCCACUGUAGACAUGAUGAGACUAAGCCGGGUUAAAUUUCGUAAAGACUUCUAGGACUGUUUUUGGCGAUGGAAAGUAAUGGACCAACAGCUCACCGGCGCGUCCCCAGCAGCGAUGCUAGAAGUCUUUGCGAAAUUUAACCCGGCCCAGCUUUCUUCUCGUUUCCUAGAGUGGCAAAAUGGUCAUUUUCAAGUUGCGCGGAAAGACUCGACUGGUAUCCCCAUGUCGAAAUGCACUACGGGACGGUUUUGGAACACCUGGUCAUCUUUGGUUGGCUGUCACAUUUUGCAUAGAAAACUGAAUCAAAAUUCGUCCACUAGAACAGUGCCACGGUGCAGUUCGAAAUGCCACCGACCCAGUCUUCUGCGCGACCUCCAAAUAGCCGAUACCCUGGGCACUACAAGGUCAAGUCAAACUCUUUAACCCAAUAAAACUUCUCCUUCGGCGCAAAAGAUAGUUAAAUGAUGGAACUAUUCUGCGUUUAAGGGGUUAGGAAUUCGACUCGACAAGUUUUGGGAAAAGGUUUCUGACUUAGCGUGUCUAUUAUUUGUGCCAAUCCUGAGGAGAGUGUGGAAAUAACUGUAUAUUUGACCAAACCCACACGCUAAAGAAGUUUCUGGCUCUCCUGGUGUUACGUUCCUCUGAGUUACUAUUAAGAAAGUUUUUGUUGAUAUUUUUGUCAUUAUUUUGUGUCACUCUUCUUAGGCCAUCUGACAACACUGUGAAGCUGGAAGUGAAGAGUUUAACAGAUCAAACCGGGCGUUAGCUGCUAUCAACAAGGUGAAGAAAACUGAACAAAAAUUUCAUCUAAUUUUGGUUUUCUCGCCAUUUUACUCCGUGGAUAUCGCGGAGGUGCCGUAAAUUUAAUCAAGGCCGUAGUAUCACAGUGUAAGCUAGGCUGCAUCGUGUUAUUGUAAGAAACACUGACUAAAGGAAUCGAAAGGGCGAUUUGUAUUGAGCGUUUUUUGUUAAUUUAAACCUCUAACCUAUUACCGCUUCCCUGGUUUCGUUCAAUAUGAUUAAAGAAAAUAUAUUUUCUUUGACACCUUGGUGAUGAGUAAGGACAUUUUAAGAUCGUUUCACGGACAUACGCAUUUAUUUCCAUGUUUUCUCCACUUCCUCGUCCCCUGUCCUAAAAAAAAUAUUAUUUCGUUCUCAAAGUCCAAAGUUAAACUGCUCUCUGAGUUUGGGAUAUCUUCAGGACUCAAUGUAAUUGGAGGCUUACGAUGUGUAUUUUGUAGAUAGUAAAUGAUUGCAAUGAAGGGGCAAGAAAAUGGAACGAAUGGAGGAAAUUUGUGUUUUGCAAACGCAAAUAUAAUUCAAAACAAAGGUUAGAAAACAGUUUGAUUGCUUAUUACUUAGGAUAAGAACCGAGCGCAUUAAAACGGUUUUUGUUUGUAUGUUUUUGUGGUAUUUUCUGUUGUUAUAUUACACGCCUUGGUGUGAGGGGUUUUCAAGUAAGGAGACAGUCUAGUAGUAAGCGUUGGUUUUCGUUCAUUUCCGCCUUUUUUCUUAAAUAUCUAGCCAAGAUUUCAUUCAAUCCAAAAAUGACUCAAUAAGGUUGGAGUCCUUGGUUCAAUAAUUUUUUGAAAAUUUUUGGAUAAUUUUUUAAAUGUUUUUUAUGUAUAGUCUAUAGAGUGAUUUUACUUGACCCGAGAAGCUGAGAAUAACAACUAGUGCAAAAUAGCUACAAGUAAACAAAAGAGCACAAUGGAAUUAGUGCAUAAUAGCGCGUGGUAUUCCUCUAACUAUUUCACAGGUUAAGUAAAAUCACUCUAAAAAUUGGGGGACUAAAAAUUGGGGGAGUGGAUUUCUAAAAUUUUGAAAAUUGGAAAAUAUUGGAUUAUGGGGUUGUUAAAAAUUAAAUUUUCUCCAAAAAACUACAACCAGCAGACUGCCUCCUUAAUUCUGAUCGAUAUCUAAUAAGGACCAAGGUAUAAUUUUUCAAAUAUCAGAAUAGCGAGAUGAACAUAAGAGGAUAUAUAUACUUAGCAUAGUUGUAAGGAUGAAGUAUCCAAUACUAGUGGCGGAUCCAGACCUUCAGAUGGGGGGGGAGGUAGGGGCUUGGACCCUGGGAUGGGGGGAGGUAGGGGCUUGCUUUCACCAGACCCUGGGAUGGGGGAGGUAGGGGCUUGCUUUCACCAGACCCUGGGAUGGGGGAGGUAGGGGCUUGCUUUCACCAGACCCUGGGAUGGGGGAGGUACCCACCAGACCCUGGGAUGGGGGGAGGUAGGGGCUUGCUUUCACCAGACCCUGGGAUGGGGGGAGGUAGGGGCUUGCUUUCACCAGACCCUUGGGGGGCGGCAUCAGUUUGGUCUAAAAAUCAGUGGGGGGGGGCCCCCCGGCCCCUCCCUGGAUCCGCCACUGAAUACUCACAGGUUGAUAAUUUAUUUAUUUUUGCAGCCUCUCGCCUUAGCGACGCCAUCUCGAUAUCUGCUCAGACGAGGUGAUAUUAUGCAAGUUGUGGAGGACUCCAAGAGCCCACUGAAGAGACUAAAACCCAAAUUGAAAUCUAUAUGCAUGUUUCUUUUCAACGAUUUGUUACUCUUGGCCAAAAAAGAAAAGGUAUGAAUGUUAAUUGAUUGUAGCGGAUGAUUUAAGCUUGUUAUAAUUGUUAUUUCGUUCAAUUUUUUUGUCUUUGUCUUAGUGAAGUUAAUAAAAUCAAAGUCACAAGUUAGUUGAUAUUUACCGAGAUAUUUGCUUAGACUAAUAUUAUUUAAUUAUCGUUAACGUUUCAUCUUUUGUUUUCCCUAUCAAGCUAAUCUACUAAUUUCUUUCAGUGAGAAUCGGUUUCAAGUUCUGGAUUACGCCACACGUAACAUGACCCAAGUGGAAGAACCUCAGGAAUUGGAUAUGAGUUAAGACCACGUGUUCUCGUUGGUAUUGUUAGAGAAUUCUGACAGUAAAACCAAGGAGUUCUUGAUGGCUGCCAACAGCGAGUAAGUAGUUGUAGUAGUAUGUGUCACCUGAUGUUCACUUUUUAAUUUCUGUUAUAUACAGUUGUCUAAUUUGUUUUUAAAGGAAUUGUGUCACAAAAUUUAUCAAGAUUCAAACAGUAGGAAACGCCACCAAACUGAGUGAAACAUAAAAAUAACCGCUUAAGGACAGUGCCCACUAUUGUUACUACGCACAUUUUCUGCGCAUGCCAAGGUAGUCACGCGCGACGCGAAAGAAAUGCGCAACACGCAGGACACGCGGACUGGUUUUGUCUCCUCUAAGUCUGGGAGGUUCUAGUUAUUUCUUGUGGAAAAGAUGCGUCGUUUUUCAAGAGAUGAAAAUAAUUUCUAUUUACCUUGUCAGUUCUUUGAAAACCGAAGAAGUAUGCGCAUGUUGCUAUUUCUGCCGUAUGAUCGAUCUGACCGAACAUUUUAUAGUCAAACAAAAGUCAAUUCUAAAACAUUAAAAGUUAUUGCUUCGAGAUGUUACGCUUGGAGUUUGGGUAUUAAAAAAUCCCUUAAUGGGCAAGGAUCAGUAAAUCAGAAGGAAAAUAGCUCUAAGUCCUCCGCUUAGUCGAGAAACUGCAAGCUUACCUUUCACUCGCGUCCUUCGCGUUUUAUCGGCUAAUCGGCUAUAAACACUUUCCCGAAUAUUUCUUUAAUUUUGUAAGAUUUUAUGUAAUUAUUCACUAGAAGAUAGACUUAAAGCGUUCGAGUGUAUACAGAUGUCCCUUUUAUUGAGAGUCCGAAGCUUUUAUUUGUUGAAUAAACAAGAAAAAACUAUCACAAGAUUGUUUGGAUUGCUGAGAUCGCAGCCUCACAAUGGUUGCGGACCGCAAAGGAAACGCUUUCAUCGAGGAAAAAAUCGUAAAAAAUUGUUAUGCUUUUUACUAUUAUCAUUGUUAUUUAAGCAUUUUGCCAUUACUAAGCAUUGAAAUUGUUGACUCAUUGGGUAGCUUGUCGUGUAGAUAGUAUUUCUUAAGGUUCAAUUUCACACCACACGUAAUCUGGACAUUUAGACAUAGCUGCCAUUUUGCUGUCUACAAACUAAAAAGCUGGAAGGCAAAAUAAAGUAUUUCCAUUCUAAGACUUUCUUAGGUUUAACAGACACUGUUAAGUCUAAAAUUAACAUUUAGGAACGAAAAAUAGUGAAUGAUCAUGACACAGAAUGCUACAGUAAAAAAAAUCAAAACGAAAUAUAUAAAAUGAUCAUUAUAGCCCAGUUUAUACAUGAGGGUACAUAAACGCAUUCGUUACAACUACUUUUCCAGUAUUCAGCUUUUUUAAAAGAGAGCUCACGUAUGGAACUUGAGUCUUUUCAAAUCAUUUAUGUCAUAUGACACUUGUGGCAAAGCCCGAAAGAGAUGGCUAGAUAGCGCAAAGCACAGAUAUAAGCUCAUUGAAUGUAUGCAAGUUUUAUAAUAACAUAUUCGUUCGAGGUACUGGGUAAAAUGAUAAAAAACGAUAGAAGGUUUACAAUCAACAUUACAUCUACAUUUCAAAAAAUCUUGAGGACAUGUACAGGUAAGCAAACGAUUGAAGGCGUACCUGUCUAAGAGUCCCUGUCGACUAUUUUCCACUACAGUACAGUAGUUUGUUUACAGCACCAGCCUUGGAUCUUUAGCUCGCAAUACUACUCUAUGUGCGCUGGAAGUAAUCUCUAAUACCUCGUAGUUUGUUUCUCAAAAAUUUUUGUUAAAUUUUUGAGACGGAGAAGCUCCAGUUGAAUUAAAUAGUAUAAUUUGUUUUCCUCAGAGUCCAUGAAAUGUCCUGCUUCACUUUCUGUUUUUGCUCUCUUCCGUGGGUUGUUGUUUUCUCUGACUGUUAGCCAUUGUGGAUAUCCCAGAGUACUCCGCGUUGAGUGAAGCAAUAGUGAAACUGACCGGGGAGGGGAUGGGAAAAAUUGUAAAUAACCCCCAAAGCGAUUAAGUUAAGGUCGAAUCCAACCAAUUUAACUUCUAAAAACGCGUGGGAACCCCUACUUUUUAUCUUACCAAAUGAAAGUAAUAAGCCUAGUCGGCAAACGAUCAAUUUUUGGUUCGGGGAAAAUGUCGUUUACACUAUUUUUAAGGCAAACGCUUGGAGACGGGUAACUGCUGAUAACUUCCCAGUUAUGCUGAUAUUUCCAAAAAAGACGUAUAAAGAGCAGUUGUUAUGUUAUCAUUUGUUGCUGAUUUUGAAACCUUGUUACAAUUAUCAUUGCAUUUGUGCCAGUUCACGUUUACACUCUGAAAUUUGGGGAAAAAUAACUUUUUAUCAUUUUUCUUAAAAAUGCCUAUUCAGCGUUUUUCUCCAUAUUGAAGCGCAGUUAUCUCUGAAAAAAUGCGUGCUUACCCCCAGUUUUCUUUUUGGAUUUCAAUAUCCCCUGAUAUGAUCUACUUGUCUCACAUAGUCAUUAUCUGGGAAAAAAUACUUCCCAUUAGUGGGCACCGUCCUUAACAGUCCACAAAUCGCAUUAAAAAAGAAAUAAUGUUGAAACCUCACCAAAACGUGCAAACUCAUCCUAAUCGACGUGAAGAAAAAUCCGAUAUUAUUUUUUUCGCUGAUCUUUUUAAAUGAAUGUUUAAAAGUAUUGUUUUUUUCACAACCUAUUUUGAAACAACAACAAAACACGGAUCUAACUCUAUGACGCCCCCAGUCAGUAAAAUAAUCCAAUUUCGAGUUGGCUAUCGCCUGUUGAAUAAAAUGAGUGAAGACGCUUUUUUUUCACAGGCGUAGCCUCCAUCUGAAGUAAACAUAAUCUCAAAUUCCAUCGAGAAGAAGAUCUGUUUAUUAGUCUUUCAAAAGACCUCUUUAUGUUGUAUGUUUUGUUUCUCCAAUACAGGUCAUGUGAUAAUACUCUAGAGGACUGUUUCUUUCAAAUUUUGUCUUACUCACAUAGAUAUGCAAAGACAAAGGGUGAAGUUCCCCUCGGACCUCUUUUGGGAAAACAAAACAUACAAGAAAAAGACGUCUAUUGUAUAUUUUAAAAUUUCCGGAAUUUGUGAAGACAGUAGAACUUCGACUUAACAAAGGGCCAGGAGACUGGCAAAAUUUGUUCGCUGUAACGAGGUUUCGUUAUGUCGAGGCUCUUUUUUCAUAUAUUUUACUACUACUGGGAAAAAGAAAAUCAUGUGUUAUACCGAGGACUUCACUAUGUGGAGGUUCUUUUUAUAUCGAGGUUCCACUUUAUUUUACUUUAUGUCGAGGCUAACCCUGUAUGAAAGUGUCGUUAAUUUUUGUAUUCAGGGGAACAGGAGACAAUUUUGCAUGCGCAUGCGUGAAUCCGCGGAACGACAAGAGAGUUGGCGCAUCAACUCUGAUGGCGGGAAAUCGAAAACUCGCGAAAAGUUACAGUCCUUUUAAAAGCCAUUUCGUUGGUGCUUUGAAUACCGUACUUUCCUACAAAAAAAUGUUCUCCAUGACAAAAACCGGACGUUUUCUACGCGGGUUUUCAGUUGUAGAUUUUUCAGUAGUAGGUUUUCUUUUAAAGACUUGAACGACUCAACGUCAAAAAUCACUGUUCCUGUAGCAGAUCUGAAUUUCACUGGAAAAGCAAUGCAUUUCAAUGGUUUGAUUUCCACACUCAUGGCUUUACUUAUCAAGGAAGAAAUGCAUCGUAGGAAUGUUCAGCUGCUUUAAGAAAAGCGAAAAAAAAAUUUGCUACGCGAGGCUUAUUUAUUAGCGCGAUGUCUCAUGUUAAACUGAUCGCGGAGACACGCGUUUAUAUGUGCCACAAAAACAUGAAAUCUAUGGGUAUUUUUUUACAGUUUUUCGACCAUAUUGAAGCAAGCGGAUACAAAAUGCCCUCCUGUUAUUCAGCGGUAAUUUUUAAUACGAAAGGAUCAACAUGUAAAGGGUGACGUCAGGAUGGAUUCGCCACUGGGUGUUAUCCUUAUUUAAAGACACAAACCAGAGGUUUUCCAACCUAUAUCGACUCUAAUGAAAGAAAUAACGGGAUCCGUUUUGUCACAGGUAGCCCAAGCUGACUAUGAGAGCCCGAAACAUUAUCCUACUUAGCUAAUUAAUACGGCAACAAUUAUAAGACGGUGUAUGAGAAUUAUCCUACUUCGCCAUAAUUGAGCGAAAGAUGCAUUAAAUUUUUCCUUUUAUGCUUGUAUUUAGUAGUUUCUUAUGUUUAUUGUGUUGACUGCGUUUCAUGCCUGUUAGGAUGUCAAGAACUCGAGAACAACACUACCCUUCUAAGCUAAUUAAUUAUUCCUACAGCACGAAAAUUAUAACACGUAUGAGAAAUCUUUGCUCACUAAAUUAAUAAAAUGUGUAUUCAAUAUCGCUCUGAAGCUUACCUUUAGCCUUUGCUUGUUUUUCUUCGUCUUCUGGAUGCAUUUCAGACCUCCUAGGCACUGUUUAAUGCCUUAUUUUGAGCAACAGGUUUUCACCCAGAUGGCAGUAUGAUCAUUUUAAAAGUUUUUUUUUUUUUUUAAAUUUUAUUCUAUUCGCACUUGUAGAAAUGUCUUUAUCGUGUUUAUAAAGACCUUGCACUCGCUUGUUUUAUAUAUAAUAACAUUGGUUAUUUCCCUUUUUUUUGAAAAUUAUGUAUUUAUUACUAUUUCCUUGGUUGCGAAUUCCAGGUAUGUGAUCUCAAUACCGCAGGCGUCAAAUGCGAGAAGUGUGCUGUUGGUUACUAUGGCGACGCCACCAAAGGAACGUCUUAAGACUGUCAACUGUGUCCUUGUCCUCUGACGACCCCAUCCGAUCAGUAAGUACCUCAGAGAUCCCGUUAAUUCCUACCCACCCAUGAGAGGCCCAUGGGAGCUUUUCCUUUCUUGAUGUGUAUGUCGAGCUUCAAUUUUAUCUUUGCAAUCGUUUUCAAUACGGUAAUUUACGAAAAUGAGUUUAAAACAAAGGAAAAAAUAACCCAAGGAUAAAACCAAACCACAAUCUAAACGUUGCCUAUUAAGAUUCAGACCUCAGAUAUCCCAUUUUUUCUAAGCCUUGGAUUCCAAGGACGCUGGCUAUUGUAUCGAGCAUAUCAUCAAGCUACGAUAUGAAGUCAUUAUGGAAACUCACACAAUGUAAACCACUUUUGUCUCACCUUAUUUACUCUUGCUUAGAGAGUGUGAGCUGAUACUGAUCAAUGGUGCUGAUGUAACUGUUUAACAGGUCCAGCCGAAUUUGUAAGCUAGACACAGACGGCAGACCAACGUGUACCUCAUGUCAACCUGGUUAUACUGGCAGGAACUGUGAAAG